ACUAAGUCGUCUUAUCGCUUCAAUACAUCACGCAGGCUAUGAAUCAGCCACAUCGCUAGCACAUGCUUGAAACUAGGUCGCUCCACUGCAGCUCGAUGAUCGUCUAUUUAUAAGCGCGCCAAUCGAUCAUGUACGUGGCUGACAGUCGAACGAAGACCACGUUAAACAAAGUGUGCGUGAAUCGAUUACUUGGCGAUGUUUUCCACUCAAAUAGCGAUGAAACUGUAUUAUUGUUAUCAGUGAGCGGAUUAUAAAGCAGUGUGGUCGAUUUUCAACACGAUUGUGUGGAGGUCUCUGUUGGGUUUCGGACUGUUAAGCGGAAGACUCGAAUAUAUAGCGCACUGCAUCGUUAAACAUGUCGAACGAUUUGACUCCGGGUAGCCAGGCCGUUCCGAUGUUUAAGGAUUUCUGGGGAAAGGCUUCGAGCAACGUGUGGCGAUUCUAUCAUUUCGAGGUGGACGAGCACGGGGAUUACAUCGACAGGCAGCGGGCGCUGUGCAAGCUGUGUGGCCAUGUGACGAAGUACAGCGGCAACACGACGAACAUGGCGUCCCACCUGGACAAGCGACAUCCCUUUGAGUUCCAGCAGCAGCAGCAGCAGUUCAGCCAGUCGCCGAUCGUGAACCACUCCCAGGACGCCCUGACUGCGUGGGUGAAGAAGUCGAAGCUGCCGUUCCAGAAGACGCAGCUGAUUAACGUCGCCAUCGCCUCGUACCUCGUGGAGAACCUCCUCCCACUGUCGUGCGUGGAGUCGUCGUCGUUCAGACUGCUGUGCACGCAGCUGUGCGUCGACUACGAGAUACCCCCACCCGCCUACCUGAGGAACAAGGUGCUGACGCCGUCGUUCCACGAGACCAAGGAGACGGUUCUGCGGAUGAUCGGUGAGGCUGAAAGCUCCUCUCUGACGGCAGACACAUGGCAGUCUAAGUCUUGUAACUGGUUCGCCACAUUCACGGCGCGCUUCAUCGACUCGCAGUGGGAGCCGCACCAGUUUGUGCUGACCACACGAGAGAUAGCCGAACCUCGGGCCGAAGACGACGUCUAUGCCGUCAUGAACGACGUCGCCAGGGAGUGGGACAUGAAGUCUCCGUCGGCCGUGGUCAGCAGUGUCAUCCGCGAGAACAGAAGUGCCAGCUGGGAACCCGUGGCCAUGUUCCUGCCGUGCAUUUGUCAUUCAGUUAACUACUCCAUCAGGAACUGCUAUUCGCAGAAAUCUCUUUCGGCGUUACUCGGCAAGCUCCGGAAACUGGUGGCUCACUUCAAGUGCGACACGUCCUCUCGUCUGGCUUUGCUAGAGAAGCAGAAGUGUAUGGGUCUGCCCCAGCAGGAGCUGGUCACGGAUAACACCAUUCAGUGGAAGUCGACCGCGGACAUGAUAGAACGAGUCUUGGAACAGGACUCGGCUAUAUGUGCCGUCAUGAUGCACACGAUCGAAAGCAAGCGUGCCUUGAUGUUGAGUCAGUUGGAACUGCAACAGGCGCGCGAGCUUCUCGGUGUUCUGAAGCCGUUCACAACCGCAACACAGCUGAUGUCGAUGGAAAAAUCGCUGACGGCGUCGCUCGUCUGUCUCGUUUUGACCAAGCUGAAAACCGGCCUGCAGGCGUCUGCUUCGGAUAGUGCAUUUCAAAAAUCAACGAAAUCCUUCAUUCUGGGCGAGCUCUCCAAGAGGUACGAACAGACUGCUGUGCUGGAUUUCCUACACGUUGCCGCAGCUCUUGAUCCCAGGUGCAAACACCUGUCCUUCUUAGACGAAAUCGAAAGGGACCGCAUAUUUCUGAGGUUGAAACAGGAGGCCUUGACGCUAACAAUCACGUCAAAUGUGGCCGUGAAGCUCGAGCCUCACGACUAUUCCGACACCAACAACUCGAUCGAGUCACACCAGCUGUCGCUUCAAGUGGACUUCGCCUCCGAGCACAUCGACGAAGGUUCUCUUGAACCCAUCAUAAAGAUUUCUCGGACCUCCCCGAUCUAUAAUAAAGAUGAAUCUUCUGGUCAGAAACUCUCCGACUGGCUUGGGGACCUCAUCCCUCCGGAGGAGAAGCCAUCCAUCUCCACGAGUCAGCGCAUAGACAACGAGAUACAGACGUACCGGUCGGAGUCUGACCUGGAGAUGGACAGCGACCCUCUGCUCUGGUGGAAGAACUACGGGUACGCGUACCCGACGCUGAGCAGACUCGCCAAGAAGUACCUCUGUGUCCCCGCCACCAGCGGACCCAGCGAUCGGGUGUUCUCGGCAGUCGGCAGCUCUGUGGUGGACAGGAGAGCGUGUCUCGAUAGCGACGAGAUCGAUACGAUGGUGUUUCUGAACGCUAACUCGCAGUGUACGUCAAAGGUCACAAGACCAUCUGACGCGAAGCUGAAACAUUCGCAUGGGUCGGCGUAUUGUAACUCCGAGCCAAUUAUCUGACGCACUGAAUAUUGGUGACGCACUGAAUACCAGUAUGCCAUUCGUUAUACUUUUAACUGAAGUGUUCUCAUUAACACGUUCGUGGUUAAGCAUUUCAUAGUGGAAGUUCGACUCCGAAGUGUGUUUUCAUAAAACUGAUCUGAAACUGUUAUUAUUACAUUACAAGGUUUGAGAACUUCCAACGUGUUGUGUUAAAUCUCUUGUUUAAAACAUUGAAAUGCGUGAAUUUCACUUUCACAAACUACAAAUUGGUUUCUAAAACGAAGUGUUCUUUGUUUAAUUUGUUUUAGUUUUGGACCAUUUAAAUUCCUUUAUUAUAUUUUAUAAGUUGCAGUCUAUAGAAUUUUGAUGCCCGGUAAAAUCAUAGUGUCAUUUUACCAAUAAAAUUAAAUAUUUUCA